CGUUGUAAACAGUUGAGCGGCUUAAAAAACUUACCAAAGCCUAUAUUUGGCGUUGAGAAGUUUAGCAAGAAAGCUUCCAACGAAACUUCGUUAAACACUACUGAAAAGUUUUCUCUUUACAAUCAUAAAAAUACACAAUUCGUGCAAACUACUGAUCUUUCUACUGUUGGAGGUAACAAAAAUGAAAAAUUAGCUCCUCAAUAUCCUCGAAACAUUAUAGAAUGCUCCUCACAGCUUACAAGUGAGAAAGUUAUAACGCUUAAUAACCAAGAUGUUAUUCUGAAAGACGUACGGACUACUUGUCCGAGAAAAGCAAUUAGUGAAAACUCGGCUUUUUUAAGUUCAGUGUUCCAGUCAACCUUUUUACCUUUUAGUUUGAAAACUCCUUUUCCAAAAAAUAUGGUCUCACCAAAACGUCGACGAUAUAAUUCUGAAGUAAGAAGUUGUAGUCUGCAUUUAUCUACUAUUCCGAAAUCGCCUCACAAAUUAAGCACACCAGUAAGUCGGGUAUUCAGAGCUUUAGAAAGCGAUGCUUCCGGUCCGCAUAGAAUUGAAUUGGAUCAAAUUGAAUCGGAUCAAGAGUUGACAAGUCCUUUCUAUGAUAAAUCAAAACCAGGAACUUUUUUCGAGCAGGCUUUUUACGAUAUUGCCUUGAUUGGGAAAGGCUCGUUUGGUCAUGUUUUUAAAGCACGUUAUAAAGAAAACCAACAAUGGUUUGCCAUAAAACGUUCGAAUAAACCUUUUGGCGGCCCUGGAGAUCGUCAGUUACAAAUGAAUGAAGUAAAUUUUUUAAGGACUUUGGGGAACCAUCCGCAUUGCGUUCGGUAUGACCGCGCUUGGGAGGAAAACGGUGUACUUUACAUCCAAACAGAACUUUGUCAGGGAGGAACCUUACAAAAAUUUUUGGAAGAGAAUAUAAAUAUUUCAGAAGAUCAAAUAUGGCACUUUAUUACCGAUCUGACCUUGGGACUGAAGCACAUUCACGACAAUAAUAUUGUUCAUCUUGAUAUUAAACCCGCUAAUAUAUUUCUUUCUUUCGAACAUGAUAAAAAAUUAAACUCUUCUAAUUCUUCUGAGUUUUUUAAUUUAAAAAUCGGCGAUUAUGGAAUUGCCUUCGAUAUCACGCAAAAAAGUCGCUUCGAUUAUCAGGAAGGAGAUAAUAAAUAUAUGGCUCCCGAGCUACUUGCUGGUCAGUUCGGAACGCCAGCCGAUAUAUUCAGUUUGGGGAUUACCAUUUUGGAGAUAGUUGGUGAUUAUGAACUUCCGAGUGCAGGUCUUAAUUGGAGCAAACUUCGGAACGAAUGGCAACCUGAAUUACCCUCGCAGUAUUCGGAUUCCCUGAAAAAUUUGAUUGCUGAAAUGAUGCGAAGAGAUCCUUUAAAGCGGCCCACUGUCGAAGCGAUUCUCCGCCAUCCAUGUGUUCGUCGAGCACUACGCUGCCGCUGCCGGCGGUCAUCUACCUUCCAAGCGAUUUCCAGUGCAUAUAUGUGCUUGGCCGAGAUCGUUAGGAAACUUCCUGUAGCCUUUUACUGUUCUUCCUUGUUCCUAGCGAAAAGUUUGUUCCGUCUGAGCAAAGUUGUUAAUUUCAAAAGACCAGGUGUAUUUGAGCGCUGCAAACUUUUAAAUAGAGACAACUUGCGUGUUUCGCGCCCUUUCGUUUCAUUAAAUUUUCAGCCUGAGAGCUCUCCACAAACACCCCAACAAUCCUUCGAAGUUUCAACCCCCACGUGUGCUGGUUCACACUGUUUGACCCCCCUCUGCAAAAAUUGCUUUGCGGACUUUUCAAAUCUGAAUGGAUCUUCCUGUUCAGCGAAGUCAACGGAUAGCUCAACUUCGACAUUUGGCGGGUCUACUUGUAUUAACCCUAAAAAUUUACUAAAGGAAUUUAAUAAUGUCCAGUAGUUAAACUUAUUAUACUGUUGAGUUGAACAGAAGGAGGGAUAAAUAACCAAUAAGCUUUAAGAUAAAUUUUUUAAAAUAACCUAAUAAGGAUAUGGCUAGUUCUCU